UUUUUAUUUUGUUAGCUUACUUUUUCUUUGUCAGGCUUUUCUCACGUUGGUACGCAGUCCCCAACCUCUCUCACUUUUCAUCUCCCUCAUCCUCCCCUCAUCCAUUUUCAGAUUUGAUUUCUCUCACUUCUCCAACUCCGAUGCGGCAAAUUACAAACAACAUUUUUUUUUUCUCCAACUCCGGCCACCGGCAGAUGACGGCGAUCCUCACAUAUCUGAGGCUAGGGGAUGGAGAUGGCGGCAUCGGAAUUAUAGAUGGCCGGGGUGACCCUGGAACAAGGCAGCGGCAAAGAUGGUGGUGGUGGCGGCGUCAAGCGACAGCGGAGACCGGCGGAGUCCGACGGCGGUGAAGAUUGGCGAUGUCCAACGACGGCAAAGAUUGGCGGCAUUCGGCGGCGGCAACGUCCGACGUCUGGCGGCGGCAUCAAGUGGCGGCGUAGGCGGUGGUUAGGGGCAGCGGUUACUGGUGCAGGUAUUGCCCCUGGAUGGUGCCGGCGGCAACUUGUAAUUGGGGAAGGAAAAAUACGUUGUUGACUUGUUUUGUAAAGAAUUAAUUAGUUUAUUAUUAUAUUUUGUAUUUUUACUAAAUAAGUUUGACUAUUCAUUAAAGGCAUUUCUGUCCCUUACUUAUAAUAUCCAUAUGGUAAACUACACUGUUAGAUAGGAGUUCUACUUUUGCAUAUUUGAUAAGUUUUACUUCUAAA